AAGACACUGGCUUUUCAUGAGGAGGUGACGUUUGACUCACGAUGGCCGCCAUCAGUUGCAGAAGGCACAGGCGGGACUCCAAAUCAAUACACAUGUUAUUUUCUCCGCAAAAGAUGACGCCUUUUACGAUUUUAUGUUCUUUUAUUCUUUUACUUUUUACCGUAGGCCAGUGUUUCGCUGACGACGAUCACGAAAUGGAAGAGUUCUUGAAGCGGGAAUAUUCCCUCACCAAACCCUAUCAAGCCGUGGGGCCUUUAAGCUCCUCCCACUGGGAACUGAUGGGCGAUGCCAUGGUAACCACGGAGCAGGUGCGACUCACACCUGACAUGCAGAGCAGACAGGGGGCGGUAUGGAGCCGACUGCCUUGUCAUCUGAACGACUGGGAGAUGCAGGUGCACUUCAAGAUUCACGGGAAAGGAAAGAAGAAUCUCAAUGGUGACGGCUUGGCUAUUUGGUACACGAAGGAACGCAUGCAGAAAGGUCCUGUAUUUGGGAACAAGGACAACUUCACUGGUUUGGGAGUUUUUGUGGACACGUAUCCCAAUGAGGAGAAACAGAUAGAGGCACAAAAGAAGAGAUAUACUCCAAGCACGCAGAGGAUCUUCCCUUUCGUUCUCGCCAUGGUGGGCAACGGCACCAUCAGCUACGACCACGAGCGCGACGGCCGGCCCACCGAGCUCGGGGGUUGCAACGCCAUGGUGCGCAACCUGAAGCACGACACCUUCCUCUUCAUCCGAUACGUCCGGCGCCGGCUGACGGUGAUGAUUGACAUUGAUGGACAACACGAAUGGAGGGACUGCCUGGAUCUGCCUGGCGUGCGGCUGCCCAAGGGCUUUUAUUUUGGCGCCACCGCAAUUACAGGAGACCUUUCAGACAACCACGACAUCAUCUCAUUGAAACUCUACCAACUGACGGUGCUGCGGAGCAAACAGGAAGAGGAAGACCAGGAGGAGGAAAUCACAAUUCCCAGCGUGGAUAACAUGGAGCUGCUUAGAUUGGGUCAAACUGAGGAAGGAAUGAGCGGAUUAGCUAUUUUCUUCACGGUACUCUUCUCCAUGCUGGGCUGCAUCUUCCUGGUUGUCGUCGGCCUGCUGCUCUACGGCCACUGGAACGAGAACCGGCGCAAGCGAUUCUACUGAGGAAAGGUGGAUUGGGGUUUGCGCUUGGGGAGGGAAUUUAACUGCACUGAGUCCACACUGCAGCUGACAGAUGUUGGUCUGUUUUGAGAAAGACGCUUCACGGAGCAGGAUCCUGACGCCGGACUUGAUGCUCAACCUCUUCUGAGCAACCAUUUUUGAUUUUUACAAGUCUUUUACCGUUGAUUGGGAUCCUCAAACUUUUUGGGUGGGGAGAAUUGUUUUCUAGGAUCACAACCAUAUGCAUCCUCAAAUGCCAGAAAGAUUCAAAGUUGUUGUUUACAGGAAGAAAGAAGUUAUGCUUUGAGAAUAAAGUUGUAUUUUUUCACAAAAAAAAAAAAUCUUGACCAGAACAAAAUAAGUACUUGUAGAGAUACAAAUAAUCUGACUAAAGUAAAAUUGCGAUAUGAUAUUAAAGGGUCAAUAUUUUGGAUGCCUUUGGUGUCCUCAUCAGAAUCAGUCAGUCAUCAUGAAAACAUAGUAAAUAGCAAAACUCGGAGGUCUUUUUUAAAUUAACGUCACCAAACAUUUGCAUGCACAACCAGUCCAACGAUAAGUCGCUCACAAUGUGUCCGUCCUUCGUUUUAUUCAGUUAAUUUUUGUUUGUUUUUGCAUGCACGUGAUAUUGACAAGUCCCACUCUGCUAAAAAUGCUGUGUAAAUAUUCCCCACAGCAACAUAUCUAUCAAAAUGUGUUUCAUUUUGAUGAGAUAUAUUAUGUUUUCAUUUUUGUGCAACAGUAUAGUCAGGUUGGUAAAUGAAUCAUGUUGCGAAGUGAAGGUCCAACAUUAUCACGUAACUCGCUAACAGCUCAAAAUGUCCGCUAUCGUCCACCAUGUCAACACGCUUACUUAUUUUGCCGUUUGCAUAUGCAUUGUCUGCCUGUAGUUAAUUUAUUAUUUUUUUUUAAUUGAAAGGCGCUUUAAGAUGAUACAUUGACUCUAAAAUUGUGUGUUUAGUGGGAUUAUUGUUACUUUAUGUUCAAUGUGCUGUAAAGUGAUUUGUUGGCGCUGUUGUGAAGGCGCGAUAUCAAUAAAGAUUUACAGUAAAGUCAUUUUAACCUAAUCGGAAAAAAAUACAACUUUAUCGAUAUAUUGCGCCUUCUCUUUUGUAGAAAAGCAAUUUUCUCCAAAAAUUGUACUUUGUUCUUGAAAAUAUACUCCUUGAUUUCUUCAUUGUUAUUCAUGCAGGGUUACCAAAUUUAUCCGAGCUUUUACUUGGCCGAGAGCUAACGUAGGGAGGAGUAAUUGGUUACGUUCGUUUUCAUGGCCGCUGGGUCCGUGUGAAGGUAUACCCCUUUUAAAAGAUACAAUAAUUUUUUUUGCAACUCACCACGACUCCCAGUUGCGUAUCCCCGGAGUGAUGUGUUGAUUUGUCCUCUGUUCGUCUUUCUUGAACACCUGUUACUGCUUGGGUUGAAGAUGUGACUUGGCGUUUCGGAGCAGUGUAUCCAGUCAGUGGCUGCAACAUUCGGCGCAAUAUCAGGUUCUGUGCACACUUGGCAAAACAAACAAAAAAAAAAGCUGCUUGCUGAGCUGUUCAUGAAUGAAAAAAAAACUAAAGACUCCCCGCAACACAGAAAUGUUUCAGACAUCCGACAGUCGGGCCUUUGCUAACCUUGCUAACUGAUCGGAAAUGCUCAAAUCCGGCCCGACUUUCGUCGCAGGUGAGAUCCAACACUAAAGUUCCAUCCAAGAGUAUUUAGUUGAGAACCUCUAAAGUGGAACACCCCGAAAGCGGUCCAAAAUUUCCGUUCAAUAUCUGAAAAAUAAGACCAAAUUUGUCUUGGGAGAGUAUGAAUUUAAUUUGACCGCUUUUAAAUUCUUGCAGAACAGUACCUCCAAAAGGCAACUGAAUCACUCUACUCCAAGUAUCGCGAGAGUUCCUUCUACUCGACACCUUGCUGCUCCAUCUCUUUUCUUUUUUUUAUUAGCGUCCAUCAUUUCAACCCUGACUGUGCACUGAAACUUUUUGUUUUGUGUAACGCUGUUCACACCACAAGCUUUGUUGUGAGCGGUGAGUUGCUGAAAGGCAGACGACCAUCUUGAACAACCUUGUAAAUUAUGAAAAGGACACUUUCUUUUUCUGUUAUUUAUGACUCCUCAUUUAUUAACUUUUCCCUCCAAAUGUUUCCAAUCGGUGACCCGUUUUCAUACUUGAUUAAAUCAAACAGUAAGAAGUCCUUUGCCUCAUUAAAGACCAAACUUUUGACAGUGA